AUGGUGGAUCACGUUUCUUUUAAAGAGGUCAACAAAAUAAGAAGCGAUGAUGAAUGUGAUGCCGAUAGUCAUAAUGAAGGAGACAAUAUUGAGGACGCGAAAGCAUCUGUUUUUGUGAAAUCAUCGUUGAUUCCUGAAAAGACGGAUGUAGUAAAAGGUUUAAAUUUUGAUAAAGAAGUAGAUUUACAUGAAUUUAUAAAUAAUUAUAAAUAUAUGGGAUUUCAAGCAACUAACUUAGGUAUUAGUAUUGAUGAAAUAAAUAAAAUGAUAUAUUAUAAAUAUAAGGAUGAAAAUAUAAAAUCUGAACCAAAUAAUGAGAAUAAUUUAAAUUGUAAUAAUGUUAGUGAAGAUCUUAAUAAGGAUCAAGAAAAUCAUUUAUAUCAUUAUGAAAAAAAGAAAAAAAGUUGUAUCAUUUGGUUAUCCUUCACUUCAAAUAUGAUUUCCAGUGGAUUAAGAGAAAUAUUUGUUUAUCUAGCCAAAAAUAAAUUUAUAGAUGUUGUGGUGACCACUGCUGGAGGUAUAGAAGAAGAUAUCAUAAAAUGUUUUUCGAAUACAUACAUAGGAGAUUUUAAUUUGAAUGGAAAAAAAUUAAGAAAAAAAGGAUGGAACAGAAUCGGAAAUUUAAUAGUGCCUAAUGAUAAUUAUUGUAAAUUUGAAGAUUGGUUGCAGCCUAUAUUAAAUAAAAUGUUGCAUGAACAAAAUGAAAAAAAUGAACAAAUGUUUUUAAAAAAAUUGGAAAAAAGGAAAAAAAAGUAUAACAAUAAUAAAAAUAAAAAUGAUAAUAAUAAUGAUAAUGAUAAUGUGUGGGGGAAUGAAAAGAAUGAUCAAAAUCAAAAUCAAUAUAAUCAAGGUCAAGAAAGUUUUAAAAAAGAUUCAAAUAUAUACACAAAUGAUGUAUCAAAUAAAAAGAAUCAUAUAAAUAAUUAUAUAAAUAAUUAUGAUUCAGAUUCUGAUGAUCAAUGUGACAUGUAUUAUCUAAGUCCAUCAGAGUUUAUUAAUACCUUAGGAAAAGAAAUUAAUGAUGAAAGUUCAUUAAUAUAUUGGUGUUAUAAAAAUGACAUACCUAUCUUUUGCCCAGGAUUAACAGAUGGAUCUUUAGGAGAUAAUCUAUUUUUUCAUAACUAUGGUAAAAAAAUUAAAAAUAAUUUAAUUCUAGAUAUUGUUAAAGAUAUUAAAAAAAUUAAUUCAUUAGCUAUGAAUUGUGAAAAAUCUGGUAUUAUUAUUCUCGGAGGAGGUUUACCAAAACAUCAUGUAUGUAAUGCAAAUUUAAUGAGGAAUGGUGCUGAUUUCGCUGUUUAUGUAAAUACAGCUAGCGAAUAUGAUGGAAGUGAUAGUGGUGCUAAUACAACGGAAGCUUUAUCAUGGGGGAAAAUCAAAUAUGGACAAACAAAUAAUCAUGUCAAAGUUUUUGGUGAUGCAACCAUUUUAUUUCCUCUAAUGGUACUUAAUUCUUUUUAUUUAUAUGAUCAAAAGAGGAAAAAAGAUAUGUGA